AUGUUUUCCUUAUUACAGAGGGGUCAGCAGGUGUCGAACCAGGCGAUUUCAGCGUUGUCUUACAUUGCGUUUGCCAUCAUUGCCUUAUUCCUUGCACAAUUGCACUUUGACAAUGCCUACAACUUGCCGAGUCAAAUUGCCAACAUCGAAACUUCCACCAAUAUCCGGUACAGUUACUCCGCUGGGUCUACAUCCGCGAAAGGCAAGGAGAACUCCAAAAUCAAGUUUGACAUCGACACAGAUUUGAGCUCCUUGUUCAAUUGGAACACGAAGCAGGUGUUUGUCUACUUGACAGCAACCUACCCGGGUAAGUCCCCGGAGUCCAGUAACCGUGUCACCUACUGGGACAAGAUCAUCACCGAUCCAAAGGACGCCAAGUUGUCUUUAAAGAGCGUUAGGGGAAAGUACAGUGUCUACGACAGAGAGUUCUCCUUCAGAGAGAGAAACGCCACUCUUGCGUUGGAAUGGAACAUCCAGCCGUGGAUUGGGCCAUUGGUUUUUGGUACGCUUGAGGGCGGACAAGGCUUUUCUUUCUCCAAACCCGAAAAGCCAAGAAAGUAA